CCACCAGGCCCCAAUGUCAAUAAACAACCAGGCCCCAAUGUCAAUAAACAACCAGGCCCCAAUGUCAAUAAACCACCAGGUCCCAAUGUCAAUAAACCACCAGGCCCCAAUGUCAAUAAACCACCAGGUCCCAAUGUCAAUAAACCACCAGGCCCCAAUGUCAAUAAACCACCAGUGGCAAUUAAUUACCAGGCCCCAAUGUCAAUAAACCACCAGGCCCCAAUGUCAAUAAACAACCAGGCCCCAAUGUCAAUAAACAACCAGGCCCCAAUGUCAAUAAACCACCAGGUCCCAAUGUCAAUAAACCACCAGGCCCCAAUGUCAAUAAACCACCAGGUCCCAAUGUCAAUAAACCACCAGGCCCCAAUGUCAAUAAACAAUCAGGCCCCAAUGUCAAUAAACCACCAGCCCACAAUGUCAAUAAACUACCAGGCCCCAAUGUCAAUAAACAACCAGCCCACAAUGUCAAUAAACUACCAGGCCCCAAUGUUAAUAAACAACCAGGCCACAAUGUCAAUAAACCACCAGGCCCCAAUGUCAAUAAACCACCAGGCCCCAAUGUCAAUAAACCACCAGGCCCCAAUGGUUGGGGUUACCCUAACCCUAACCCUGUCAAUAAACCACCAGGCCCCAAUGUUAAUAAACCACCAGACCCCAAUGUCAAUAAACAACCAGGCCCCAAUGGCAAUAAACUACCAGGCCACAAUGGCAAUAAACAACCAGGCCACAAUGUCAAUAAACCACCAGGCCCCAACGGCAAUAAACUACCAGGCCACAAUGUCAAUAAACCACCAGGCCCCAAUGGCAAUUAACAACCAGGCCACAAUGUCAAUAAACCACCAGCCCACAAUGUCAAUAAACCACCAGCCCACAAUGUCAAUAAACCACCAUGCCCCAAUGGCAAUAAACUACCAGGACCCAAAACAAUACAAACCGUAA